AUGUCUGAAGAGACAGGGCGACAUAAGCGAUUCCGCGACACGGCAGUGAUCUUACCUCAUACUUCGUUGGAAAACCUAGGUCGGCAUCACAAGUUCAAUCGGAAGGAGUCCAUAUCGGAAGUCAGGUAA